AUGAUGACUUCUAUCGUGAAAGGACAAGUUGAUGACGUAAUCAUUGAAGCUGGAACUGCAGGGAGUUGUAAGUCACCAAAGUCCAGUUCAAAAUCCUUCAAUUUAAGAAGCGGAGAUGAUUUAUCAGCAAGGUUAACCUCAAUUAGUUUGGAACAGGGUUUAGAUGACCAUGAAACUGAGAAAAGCAUAGUCAAUGUGAAAAGCAGUGUGUUUGAAAAAACUGUGCUUCAUGCACAUACUGAAGGUGUUACUAUUUCCAGUGUCAAGGGUAGUAUGAAAAAUACAGAGAAUAACAAACUAGACAACCCAACAGAAUUGGGCCUUCCCAGAAAGGAAAAUGAGUCAGCUUUUUUGAGUAUCCAACCUUCGUCGCCUUCAGAGUUGCCAGUCUCCCCACCACCCUAUAAAUGCUACACUGCCCAUUUCAAGGAUGCUCAGUCUCUUAAGUGCAAGCAAGGAGGGUCCGUAAGUAUUGUUACAAGAGUAGAUGAAAACAGGUUCAAUCCAGUUAGCAAAACUUUGAGUAUGAAAACAAAUGUGAGACAAUUCAAGUUAUCCAGCAACACAGCUCCACAUUGUUACUCACCGUUGUUGGUUCCUAGUCCUAUUGGAGAUGAUCCCGAAAAGGUCCAAGUUAGUUUCUGGGUAAGUAGCGACUAUGAACAGUUUUUUGGCAUCAAAAAUUUCAAGAGAGAGAUUGAACUAGCAAAGGCAAUGAGAUUUGACGAUGACAAAAUUCCAGACUUGAACGGAGAACAUGAGAUUUACAUCAACACGAGAAUCAUUAAUCCUGACAAAAUUUUCGAUGCUUAUUUGAAAAAUGCCUCAAAUAAAAAAGAUCUAUAUAUUGACUUGAUAUUGAAUAAUAGCGGGUGUAAUAUCUUGCUUCAGUUAAUGAAGUAUUUCAAGAAUAAUGAUUCAAAAUUGGAAUCACUCAUUGAUUCAGUCUAUAUGAGAGUUCUGGCGUCUUAUGUGGAUCAGAUCAGGGUUUUGUUCAAUUUACUUGUCGAAAAUGAUUCGUUUUACCAAAAGAUCAAAUCAUUGGGAUUAUUUGUUGGAUUGCACCAGUAUGGGAAUGGCUAUGUCUUUGGACCAGUGGUCGACUUGUCAAUCAAGCUACCACUGAUGUUGGAAAAAUUAGUCAUUGCAAACGGUUUAAAUUUAGCUGAUUUUGCUCUUUUACCACUGACUAUUCGAGAAAUAGGAUUGCAUAAUGUUGGUGGAUUAAACUUUAGCAAGUUCAAUCUAAACCGAUAUCUUAAACACUUGAGUAUUAGUGGUGAUGCACCUUUUCAUACUAGUUCUGAAAAAUACCCCAAAGGCUUUUUAGAGUUAGAAAAAUUGAGACUAGACUCAUCUGUCAUGGCAAAUUGUAAUUUCAAAAAGUUCACACAUUUAUCCACGUUGAGUUUGCUGAAUUUGACUUUUGCACAAACAAAGGUACUUACUUUCCCCGUUUUACUUCGCAAAUUAGAAUUAGUGGAUUGUUGCAUCAGCUCCCAGGUUUCGAGCUUUCCCGAUACUUUAAGAAUUUUGAAUGUGAUAAAUGGUAAAUGGAGUUCCAAGACUUGUAUUUUGAAUCGAUUGCAAAGAUUCAAGGUUGAGAACUGCGAGGUGAAGGAUUUGCAUGAAAAAAUUGAGAGCUGCAAAUCCUUACUCAAGUUGGAAGUUACCAAUUGUCCCAUCGAAAUCAACAAGUUCAAGUUUCCCCAUGCUUUGAAGGUACUCAAAUUGAUUGCGGUUCCAUUGAGGGGUAUUAAGAUUUUUGCUUUUCCUCCUCUGUUGGAAAUUGUCAACUUGGAAGCAAAUGAUUUUGAUAUGAUUUUGCCUAGUUCGAAUUUGAAAGCAAUUCGAAUUGCAUCAAACGAAAUAUCUGGGGAAAUUAAACUACAAGAUGUCCCAGCACAAGACGUUAUUCUAUCAGACAACGCAAAGCUUGAAAGUAUUACAUUAAACCCCAGGACCAAUUAUCUCAAUCUUUCCAACACUUCUGUUGUUUCUGUAGUUGGUCAUGGGUUAACAAAGCUAAUUCUCGACGGGUGUGGUGAUUUUAAAUGGCAAGAGUUUAAAAUCCCUCCACAACUAGUGCAAUUGAGCAUGAAGGAGUGCGGACUUGAUGAAUUUUACAGUAAGGAGAUGAAUAGAAGUUUGAAAAUCAUUAAUCUUUCCAAGAAUAAAUUAACAAAAGUGGAUUUGCGGAACUUUGCAGAACUACACGACAUUGACGUGUCACACAAUAAUCUUUCAAAGUUAAAGGCUGAAGAUUUCCCAUUAUCGACAACUUCGAUCAAUGCAAAGAAUAAUGUGAUAACCGAAGUGGGUCUAUUCAUUUUGACAAAGUUGGAAUGGUUGGAAAUCAGUGAAAAUGAACUUAUGCAGAUUUCAGAGCUUGGUCUUCCUGACGAAUUACAGACCUUGAUUGCGAAUGACAACGAAUUUAAGGAAAUCUCGUCAGAGGCAUUUCAAUUGCCAUCAAAUUUGUGUCACUUGGAGUUGAAUAGAUGCAAAAUCACCAAAUUUGAUCUUUCGUUUCCCUCGAAGCUAAUGUCGUGUAGCUUGAUUGAAAACCAACUUCAAGCACAAAAGUUUUCCAUAUCAUUCAAUUCUGCACCCUCAAAAUUGAAAUUUUUGGAUUUGAGUAGUAAUUACUUCAAGUCUUUUGACUUUGGGAUGAUUUCUGGUGAUGGGAUUGAGCUAUCAGAAAUUAAUUUUGCUAACAACAUGUUUGAAGUGGUGCCAAAAAUUCCUGCUAAUAUCUUGUCGGUUAUUUUAUUCAAGACUUGA